AAGCGAAAGCUUCCUUAAAGGAGGGGCAGGUGGAAGAAUGGCGGUGGCCAUGGCUUACUGCGUGACUCCGCUGUUUGUCGAGGUUUCCCCUCCCGGUUUCUCCCAAGAGAAACUGGAGGCCAAGUUGCAGAUUUAUUUCCAGUCCCCGAAGAAAUCGGGCGGCGGCGAGUGCAACGUGAGAGUGGAAGACCGCGAACGGGGCGUCUAUUCGGUGCGGUUCUGGUCGGAAGAAGAGAAGCAGCGUGUGAAGGCCCAUCGUGGACAUACUAUAGAAGUUGGGGGAGUAACUUUGGAGAUAAGAAUUUUGUCAGAUUCGGAGUUGGCUAUGGUUCAUGCUGCAGAAACAAUGUUUACAAACAACGCGAUAGGCUCACCUUCAACUUCAUUUUCUCCAAACUUUUUGCCCCUUCAGAAUGAUUUUAAAAACAAGCGUGGUCAUGAAAGUGCUAGAAAAAAGAUAUUUCUUGAGGUCUCUGCCACCUUGAAUACUGACUUGCUCACUAAAGAGCAGAGAGAUCAGGUGAUCACUGUAUGUCACACCUUAAAAAUAGACAAAAUGUCAAGUCAUCUUGGUAUUGAAAAGGUGGUGGGACAGUAUGAGGAUAUUGAAAAGUUACACAGUCAUUUUGAGAAGCUUCUUAGAGACCAUGGUGGCAGUGAAUUUUUGCAACCCAGAAAGCAGGACAAUUGUGUUGAAGGAAAGGAAAAUCACAACAGACGAUACAGGAGUGAUUUAGAAGAACUGGCCAAGAUGGAAGUUCCUUCAGGUAUCUUUGAAUAUUUUGGACAAGCCUACAAGGAAGAAAUUAAAAAAAUCGAGGAGACGUUCAGUGUAAAAUUAGAAACGGGCAACACUGAGAAUGGAGUUACUUCUGUCUGGUUUUCUUCAAUGGGGAUACCAAACUUUACUAAGAAAGCUCAGGAGGAAUUUGUCCUACUUUUUCAGAAAGUUGCAGGAGAUCUAAAACAGGAAACAUUUCCUUUCAUUGACAGCCAGACAUGUGAGAUGAUAAAAAGCAAAUGCAAACACCUUAUUAUUAAAAUUAUUAAGGACACAGCUAUUCUUCAAGGCCCCACAAAGGACGUUUCAGAUGCAAAGGCAUUGUUAAAUGAAAUGACAGCAAACAGCUGGGAUAAAAAAAAUCAUCCCCAUGCACAACCAUCUGGCAUUGAAGUUAACGCUGCGGUAUUUGCAUUUCUCAAACCAAAGUUAAAUCCGAUAAUUGAAUUAAUAAACAACCAGUGUUGUACUAGAAUGGAAGAGAAACAUUGUCAUGGUGAUCAGUUAACAGGCAUCAUUUUUAUGCCCCAAUCAUAUGCACCUGCAGAUCGUUCUUCACAAGCUUCUGAGCAAUUUCAGUAUGAAUACCUGAUACAUUUAGAAACGCCACAAAUGAAAGAAAUUCCUUUGAAACUUCUGGAAGAUUGGAAAAGAAAAUGGAAGGAUUUAUUUAGAUGUUUCCAACAUGAACAUCCCAAAGUAGAACUGUGUCUAAAGGAAAACAACCUGUUCAUUUACGGUCUUCCUGAAGACAUACUGCUUGCUGAGAAGCACAUCAUGGAGUCCCUGAAAAGUGAGGAAAUUGUACCUGUAAAUAGUGAAGCAACAGCCAUUCCUGAUUCCAGUGUUCCUGAUUCCCCAGGCACAUCCUUUGAGUCACAAAGAGAUCACAAAAUGCAGCAGGUUCUUUCUCGGGAGCCGCCAGUAGGGAAGGCAUCGGAAGUCCAGCAAGAGGAGUGCUGUCCCAUCUGCCUGAUUAAAAUCUACCAGAAAAAAGUGCUACCCAAAUGCAAGCAUGCAUUUUGUGCACCCUGCAUAGAAACAGCAAUGAAUUACAAGCCAGUCUGCCCUGUGUGCAAUGUUGUCUACGGGAAUAUAAAAGGAAAUCAGCCCCCAGGGAAAAUGAAUGUCUUCAAAACUAGAAGUUCCCUUCCUGGUCAUCAGAAUUCUGGAACCAUCACUAUUCAUUACCAUAUAUUUGAUGGCAUUCAAACAGAAAGGCAUCCUCACCCAGGGAAACCUUUUCAUGGAACAUACCGCACAGCAUACUUACCUGACAACAAAGAAGGAAGAGAAAUUGUGAAAUUGCUGCAACGGGCCUUUGAACAAGAUUUGGUUUUCACAGUGGGCCAGUCGCGAACAACUGGUGCGAAUGACGUGGUUACUUGGAAUGAUAUUCAUCACAAAACUUCUAUUUAUGGAGGAGAAAAAAAUUUUGGUUAUCCUGAUCCUGAUUAUCUGAAACGUGUUAGAGAAGAGCUGAAGGCAAAAGGAAUUGAAUGAAUAUUUUUAUUUCUGUGAGCAGUCCAGAACUUCUAACUUGUCUAUAUAUAUAUCAUUUUAAUUUAGUAGAGAAGAAUUAAUAAACAAUAGCUUUGGCAGUAUUUUUUGCUUUCUAGAAUUUCACGACAAUUGUUAAAUUAAUGGUGGUGUAUUCAGAAUUAUAGAUGCAAAUUGAAAGAAUUGUUAAUAGUUUUGAUUGAA